CAUCUACUGGUUAUAAAUACAAAGAGUUCUUGUAUAUAUGUUGCAACACACUUUAGAAUAUAUUAUGGAGAAGGCUGAUAAUUUAGAGACAAAAAUGUCUGAAAAUGGAGAUGAGGAGGGAAAGAAACAAGAUGAAGUUGUCCAACUUAAGCAGCUUGGUGGUGUUAGAACAAUGCCAUUCAUUCUUGCAAAUGAAGUAUGCGACAGAUUCGCAGCCUCCGGUUUUCACGCCAACAUGAUAACAUACCUAACUCAAGUGCUGAAUCUGCCACUUGUCGAAGCAUCAAACACUCUCACAAACUUCGCCGGAACUUCGAGCUUUACGCCGCUCAUCGGUGCUUUCAUCGCCGACUCCUUCGCCGGUCGGUUUUGGACCAUCAUCGCCGGUUCCAUUAUCUACAUCUUGGGGAUGAUUACAAUUACAAUAUCGGCAACAAUGCCGGACCUCCGCCCUCCACCGUGUCCGACUCAAGAAAACUGCACCGCCGCCACGAAGACGCAACUGUGGGUCCUAUACACUGCCCUCCUCCUAACUUCUCUAGGAACCGGCGGCAUUAGGCCAUGCGUCGUCACGUUCGCAGCCGACCAAUUCGAAAUGACGAAAUCGAAAACCGAAUCAAGAAGUUGGAACUUCUUCAAUUGGUACUACUUCUGCAUGGCGGUCGCCUCGCUCUUAGCUCUAACGGUCGUCGUUUACAUCCAAGACAAUGUCGGUUGGGGGUGGGGCCUAGGGAUCCCCACGAUCGCGAUGGCCUUAUCUCUCGUCGUUUUCGUUCUCGGUUCCUCACUCUACAAGAAAGUUAAACCGGGGGGUAGCCCUUUCGUGAGAGUCACGCAAGUGAUUGUUGCGGCCGUUCGAAAGAGAAAGAUCGUUUUGCCGCCGAAUGAUUCGACCGCAUUGUAUCGGAACAAAGAGCUUGAUGCUAAUAUCUCCACCAAUGGGAGGCUCCUCCACUCGAAUCAGUUCAAGUGUCUCGAUCGGGCGGCUGUGGUAUCGCAAUCGGACAUGAAAGAUGGAUCAUCGAACGAACCAAAUCUAUGGAGAUUAGCAACCGUACACAGAGUAGAAGAGCUCAAAACCAUCAUACGAAUGCUGCCGAUUUGGGCGGCGGCGAUACUGUUAGUGGCGUCACACUCCCACAUCGGAAGCUUCACAAUCGUACAAGCCAGAAGCAUGGACCGGCAUCUCUCGCCGGAGUUCCAGAUCCCGCCGGCGACAAUGCCGAUCUUCACAACCCUAACAGUCCUAACAUUCCUACCGCUGUACGAGCGCCUCUUCGUCCCGUUCGCCCGCUCCUUCACGAAGAAUCCCGCCGGAAUCACGUGCCUACAGAGGAUGGGGAUCGGAUUCGGAAUCAGCAUCUUCGCCACCGUGGCGUCGGCGCUCGUCGAGAUCAGGCGGAAAUCGGUGGCUAGGGCUUUCAAUUUACUCGAUCAUCCGGCGGAAAUUAUUCCGAUUAGUGUGUUCUGGUUGGUGCCGCAGUAUUUCCUGCACGGAUUGGCGGAGGUUUUUAUGGCGGUGGGGCAUCUGGAGUUUCUGUACGAUCAGUCGCCGGAGAGUAUGAGGAGCACGGCGGCGGCGCUGUACUGGAUAGCGAUUGCGAUGGGGAGUUAUGUGAGCACGCUGGUGGUUUCGUUGGUGCACAAGUAUUCGGGCGAGAGGGGGAAUUGGUUGCCGGACCGGAAUUUGAACCGGGGCCGGUUGGAGAAUUAUUACUGGCUCGUGACCGGUUUGCAGGUGGUUAAUUUUUUUUACUAUGUCACGUGUGCGUGGUUUUAUAAGUACAAACCGGUGUGUGAAUUAAGUGAAGAUGAAGAAGAAGAAGCCAUUGUUGAUAAGAGGAAGCCAUUGUUGGAUGCAUAGUUUAUUACAGACAUCUCUGUUUUCAGUGAAUUCAGAUUGUACGGAAAAUUAUAUUUUUUACCCCUCAAGUUUUCACUAAUUUCACAUUUGAUCCA